CGCGUAGUGAUAUAGAUGUCCAAAAUCGCAAAAAUGGCGGGAAUAGUUCCAAAUUCCUUUGAAGAUUACAAGUGUGAUGCAAAUGAAGUACUUAAGUUUAGAUUGGUGCGGGAGGAGGCGGACAUAACAAGCCAUCACUGGUUCAGACCAGACAUGUCUCAUCAGGUCUUUGGAGACCAGGAGAGUAUUUUUGGGUACAAAAACUUGGAAAUUCAGAUGUACUACACUGCUGCCCGGCUGAACACCUAUCUUAAUAUACGCUACAAAGACAAAGUCUCCCCAGAGAAGCAUGAAGGAUUGAAGCCAGAUGAUGUGAUUGGGUCUCUGGCCAAGGAGAUACCACCGGGAUACUACUCAAACAUUGACGACUUCAGUGCUGCAAUCGCCAAAGACACAACUUUCAAACCAUUUGGCGAGAAACUUCACUCAUACACUGUCGAUGAAGAUGGUGAGAAGCGAGAGUUUGAGAUUUACAAGACUGACAUAGAAUGUCCAGGGUUUCGGGAGUACCAUCAGCGCCUCCAGACAUUUGUCCUCUUCUUCAUUGAUGCUGCCUCAUUCAUCGAUGUGGAUGACGACAGAUGGAGUUUUUAUCUCCUGUUUGAGAAAUAUAAGAGUGCUGGAAACACAAUGUAUGCAAUAGGUGGCUACAUGACCGUCUACAACUACUAUGCCUACCCAAGCAGACACAGACCAAGAAUAAGUCAGGUUCUGGUGUUGCCUCCAUUUCAAAAGCAGGGCCAUGGAGCACAGCUACUCCAGACAUUCUACAACCGUUGCUAUGGCGACUCAGACAUACUUGACAUCACAGUCGAGGACCCUUCAGAGAGUUUUCAGCGACUUCGAGACUUUGUUGAUGCCAGGAACUGCCAGAAAUUAAAGAGUUUUCAGCCAGACAAACUGAAGGCUGGCUUUGAUGAGGACAUGGUCAGGGAAGCCAGAUCCAAACUCAAGCUGAACAGGCGUCAGAUCAAGCGUGUGUACGAGAUCCUGCGACUGAAGGUGACAAAUGUCAACAAAAAGGAAGAAUACACCCAGUACAGACUGGAGAUCAAGAGACGCCUUAACAUACCCUUCCAGAAAAAUGGCCGGGACUUUGAAAAACUUGAAAAGGCCUUAAUGCCAGAUGAGCUGUCCGCCACUCUGAGCUGCAUGACGCUUCAACAGCGACACCAGUAUCUGCAGAAAGCCUUCGAGGAGCUUGAAGAAGUGUACAGACAUGUGAUCAACCGCCUGGAUAUGGCCUAAGCUGGGAUGAACAGUUACAUUGGAUCUGAUUAUGAUUUAAGGUUUAAAAUCACUUUAAAGUGAUUAAAACAAAAGAUAUGUGAGUUGCAUAAAUACAGGGAUUUGGAUUGGUACAGGGAUUAGUGCAAAAGAGUAUUUAAUGAUUUAAUGUUUAUAUUUGAUGCACAAAUGUUUAUGACUUUUAAGGUAAUAUGCUCAAAUUUCAUUAAUGUCCACAUACAUUCAUUGCUUGUAUAAUUAUUCUACUUGUUUCAUUUCAUAAACAUCACUUCAGUUGUCAUGGUUACAGUUGGUGUUGUCUGCUUAGUCCAACCUAUAAGACAUUAUUUUGUGGGUUCUAUUGUUCCACUUAGCAUAGAGGAAUUGUCAUAUCAGACAAUCCUUAAACAUCCUUUUAACAUAUGAUUAUUUGGACUUGGUUCCUCCUGUUAUAGUGUCACUUGAUGUAUGUCUGUAAAGGUUAUACUAUUUACUAUCUGUGUUUCUUGUGAGUUUUUAAGUACAGUCUGCCCAGGAUAACAUGAAACACAGGAAUAUUUGGAAUGCUCAUUUAUAGUUUAUGAAAAUGUUAGCAGUACAUUUGUUUUGACUGCCCUUGUUCGCUUUUUUAGACUGAACAACAAAUUAUCAUUGGUGCACUAUAGGAGCUUGUUUUAAAAAUGAACAUAUCUAAUACAAAUAUAUCUCAUAUAGUUUAAGGUACUAGUACCAUUUAAAAUGACAGCCUUCUGUACACAUUCAUAUACAUACAUGUUUCUAUCACUGUUGUUUGUUAUGUAAUCAUGUUAGUGCUUUUCCAUAUAAACAUACAACCCACCCCAGGAACAGGAAAUAAAGAAGUUCUAUAGAUUGGGAGGCUCCUGUUUGUUUUUGGGUUUUUCAGGUUAUAUGAACUGAAAGGGGAAUGUUCCAGUUUGAAAGUGCCUUCGUUGAUGGGUUGUAGGUUUAAAUGGGACAGCCCUUUAGCAAUAAGUGCUCAGGGGCUCAUUUCAGUAAAGGAUCUUUGUCAUAGAUUUAAUCAUCCUUAAUCUGUAGACACUUCAUAUUAAAAUGUCAUCAAGUCAUAUUUUUUAUUUAACUCUAUACUUUCGUUAAGUUAAAUUUGUAGCUAAGUAAGGAAAAUAUUAGACUUGGUUGAUUUCAAUUCAUGACAGAGAACUUCAUUGAAAUGGCCCCAAUACUGUAUAAAUAUUUAUUGUGUGAAAAGAUUUACAUAUGAAGCCAUACAGACUUAAAGUCAUCAUUAUAAAGUGCUAUCAUCUGCAAAUGAAGUUAUACAGACAACUACUCAUUCUUGCAUAAAGUGCUAUCAUCAGCAAAUGAAGCAAGCAUUGCUUGGGCUACAAUUGAUAACAGAUAUGUUGUUUCACCUUCAUGGACAAACUCUUUAAAAAUAUCUGCAACCCAGAAAUUGUUUAACCUCUCUGCAUUUCAAUGUUUUCAUUACAGAAUUAAAGGAUUAUGAAGUGAAAAAACUUGCACAAAUAUUAUACUUCCUAGCAAAGAUAUUGGUCAGGUAAGGCAAGGCAAAGUAUGUGUUAAUUGUGGUCUUACUGUAUAUGUACAAUUGUACAUGAAUGUUCCCAUUAUUAUGUCCUAUAGCAAGUUUGUUUUCCUACUUGAGGAAGACUAAAUAAUAUGUUUAUCAUUGUAAGAAAUCAUUUGUGCUCUGGUUAUGUGUGAAAAACUAACAAUAAAAUGUGAAAAGAU